CACAAAUUAUCUUUUGAGGCCUGAUUGCUGAGACACACACUGGCAGGAAACAUGAAUGAUUCUAAGCAGCAGUCAUUGUUCUUCAUCACGCUUCCAGAUAUACACAAGCUGUGUGCCGUCCCGAUAAUACUAAGUAACAGAGUGGCGGACACUGAGAUCAGGUGUACACAAAUGAAGAUGUGCAGACAACUACUACUUUUACAUGAAGAUAUUCUUGCAGCACCAGUACCUGGAAUCUUCAACCAAAUUUGGGUGGUCAUGGCGAUACCAUUUUUUAAAGCUGGGAGACUUAAUGCUUAUAUUGAAAAAUAUGAAGCUAAGAUGGAGGCUCCACAAAGAGUAAUUCCUGUAAUUCUUCAAAACUGCAUUUCAUAUUCACUCAUGGCUAGACUUGCUCCAGCCUGGAAUCAAGUUGGCCAUCUCUUGGUACAAGGAAAAGAUUUUCUUUCUCGAAUGGAAAAGCAGAGUGCUAUUGUAUUAAACGUCAAUGUAACAGAAACUCAAGUUUGUCUAAGUAUAGAAGUUUGCACCAUCAGACUGCCACCACCUGAGAAAGUUAUAUCUUCUAUUUUGCUUCCUUCCCAGGAAGGCACCUGUAUGAAAAUGGGACAAAUAAUAAAUAUUCUUCAUGACAUACCCGCUGACUGUCCAUUUCAUUCAUUUGAAGAGUUCCAGAUAUACUGGGAUGACUUGUAUGGCUAUAAACUUCCAGAAGAUGGUAGAAAUAUUAAAAUAUACUGUAACAUCUACUUCAAGAUGAUUGGAGAAAGGACUUUCAUAUACCCUCUCAGUUGCAUUAGAAGUCAGCCUAUACAGUUCUUCCCAAGGGUAGAUUUGGAAGGUGUGCUGAACAGUUUUCUUUCAGAUUUAAAAUCCAAAUUGCCUCGUAUAUGUGGAUUUCCCAUAAAGAUGACAAAUAAGGCAUGCUACUAUACGCAAGAACUAACCAAACCUCAUGUACAGGGAAACAAAGUCAAGGCACCCAAUUUGACCACUAAAAAACUGUUCAGGGCUUCUGUGACUCAAGCUAGUUUCAGAAAACCUGCUUUGGUUCCAAGUCUUGGCCCAUGCUCUGUAGUAGCAGACCACAAGGUGGAGCAUUCCGUCAGCCAGCCCCAGCCACCCGUUCUGUCAGCUCUACACCACCAGCCAGAGUCCAUUCAAAGUACAAAGCAAUUCCUGUCUCACAAGGAACCGCAACUGCAUUUGGAAAAAUCAAAGCCCAACAGAGGAAAUACUCAAGUUCAACACACUAAUCUUAGCUUCCAAAGUAAUAUCACCCCUAAAUUCAUACCAGUUUUCAAAAAUAGAUUGUCACCGAUGAACAAAAAUAUUUCCAUACUUGGCAACCAGAAAAGAAAACAGCAUGUUGUAACAGAAUCUAAAUUGUUUGCACAUAAAACUAGUACAAUCCAGGAUGAAAAGCUUAAUUUAGGACCAAAUAUUAAAAGAAGACCUCACAGUAACAUUCAAAUACAUGCUAGAAAUUUAAAUCAAAACUGCAGACCUGUGCAAGAGAAAAAUACUGAAUGCUGUGAAAAUAUGACAAAAUAUCCCUCUUCUAAUGGAAAAUCAAUUGUGAGCUUAAGUGAAAGUAAACAACUGUCUAACAGUAUGGUGCAUCAGGUAUCAAGUAGCAGUGUAAGUGUAAUAAAAAAUGCUGUGGACAUCUAUGGAAAAGAAAACCUAACAAGUAAAUGUAUAACACAGAUUUUAAAGAAAGAUUAUGAGUCAGUGAAACCCAAGAGGCAGCCACACAUUUUUGAAUCAGACACAGAAACUGAAGACCUGCAACUGCCACAACAGUGGGCAAACCAAACUAAAGAAGUUGACUUAAGUGACUACAAGUUGAUAGCAAGCAGAACAGCCCACAGGUCUAAAAGAAAAUCAUGUCCUGAGUCUUCAAAAACUUCAAAGCAUCCUUCUAAUACUAUGCAUUAUGGACAGUCCAGUUCUAGGAUACAGAUACAUGACUUGGAUAAGUCAAAAGCUAAGAAAUUUAGCACCAUUUCUAAAGCUUAGAACAUGGAU